AUGUCCCAACUCUGUCCACAUGAGUCCGCCACACAGGAUGGCGAUGGCAGGUCUAGAGCUAAAAAUAGGCUCAGGUCGGGACUGAUGGGAGGGCUGGAAGGGCUAGAAGGGGUAGACCUAAUUCGGUUGGGGCUAGGAGGUUCAUCCGGGUUCCAAGAAUUGGGAACAAAAGAAACCUCGGAGGCAAGAGAAGCGAUGGGGGAAGAAAGUAGUGGGAAGGAAAGCAGAGGGUUGGGAGGGGUUUGGGGUUCUGCCGAGGGGCUCAAGAAGGAAAGGAAAGGGAAGUAG